CUUUGUUCGCUUGUUGUCGAUCUGACAGAUCUUCCAAUGCAAAAUGGAAGUUCUUCAUACAAUUCACUAAGCUCAGUAAUGGAUUUUGUUCUUUUUUUUUUCUUACUACGGUAGACGUCACGCUAAUAUAUCAGCAGACUUAACCUAAACACGUCUUUGUCGGGAAAAAGCCGAGGUGAAACACCGACCUGUAUAUUUCUGUAUUCAUGGACCACAAAGGAGAACCUAUGGAAGGAGUGAUUGGCCUGGAGGAGCUGCCACCGAUGGAUGGAACAUGUGAUGCAUGUGAGCCUGACGAGGCUCAACUUGCCACGCAAUUAUGCCACACCUGCAGCUUUGCCUUCUGCUGUUUGCAUGGUGACAGACAUGCCUCCAGUACACAUCACCCGCUAAUGCCCUAUAAACAUGACGGGACGCAUGCUAAUGGAGUUAAGUCAAACACAUACUCCGUAUUUGGAAGUGGGGCCAAAGAGGAGACUUUGAUGGGGUUGCUGAAUGAACAGGACAUGGCUCUGAGGCAAGUAGCGCUCGGAGAUGAGAGUGGUGAUGAUAUGAAUGGCCAUGAAUCCAAGAAUAGCCCAGAGUUAGGAGCUGAGGUUUCAGAAGAUGGGCAGGAGAACAUGGCUGCUAUAGAGGCAGCGAAGAGGGACACUGUGACAGUAGCUAGGCUACGUUGCCUGGAGCAUGGGCAGGAUGGAUCCCUCUACUGUAAACCAGAUGAAAAGAUAAUCUGCGUUGUGUGUGCUGUGCAGGGUGAGCACCAGGGACAUGAAAUUAUCACCCUGCAUGAUGCUUACAUCUGGCAGAAGAAUAGACACUGUUGUGACCUGCUGGACUGUACACGACAGAUGGAAGAAAAGAUCUCAAACAAGUGGACAAAUCCAGAGAUGUCUGCAGUGGAACUGGAGGUGUAUGUGAGCCGUCAGUUCGAUGCACUUCGCAGAUUGGUACAUCUGGAAGAAAAGAGGACCCUACACCUUGUAGAUCUCAAAGAGGCGUCCCUAUUAGCAUCUGCUGCCGAGAAAAUUGCGGAGAUCAAUGUUCAAACUGAGCGUCUCCAGGAAGAAAUGGCCAGCAUUACACAGCAGCUUUGCUUGUUGGACAAGGAAACAAUUGGUCCUGCACUGGCAGCAAAGGCCCUCGCAGAAGCCUCAGGACCAAGUCAUAAAUUACCGAAUGACUUUGAGCCUAGACCAAGGCUACCAGUGCCAAGGGCAGACCCGGUGGACCCACGGGACUAUGAAGUCAGUGGUUCUGGACCUUCCAUGGACCACGCCUAUGCCCCAUAAUAGUAGCCUUUCUGUUCAUUAACUUCUGCUUCAACCCACUCUCAGCCUCAUUGUGCUCUUAAGUGUCCGUCCUCCUCAAAUGGCAGUGAAGUAACCUUGAAGUCACGUGACAGCUCAAGGGGGAACAACUUUUCCCCUCUCGAACAUUUACAUUUUUUUUCAACCAUUAAUUUCGCUUAAUGGAAACACUGCAGUUCUCUGCAAUCGAUUACAAUCUGGCCCAAUUUCCACUGCCAGCUGGAUCCAGGGCUUGCUAGUGUGCCUACGGACUCAGAGAGGGAGAUUGGGUACGUUAAGCUCAGCAGAUGUCAGAAAGUGGACAUUUCUUCAAUACUAGGAUUUUUUUACUUUCAGUUUUUCUAUUUUUAGGACAGGAGUGUUGAAAGCUUUUUUUGUAUUUGGUUGUGUUAAGAAAGACAUCAAACUACUUUUUAUACUCUUGUCUCUUCCGCUUCUCAUCAUCCUGCUACCCCUAUAGUCAGGUUUACAUGGCGCUAGAGCUGCAUGAUUAUGGCCAAAAUGCUCAUCAUAAUUAUUUUGAUCAAUAUUGAAAUCACGAUUAUUCCUCAAGGGAAAACGUCUGUAUUUUUAUUGCACUACUUCUCAUCAAACAAUAUGUAAACAGUUUUCAGUGCAAAAUGAGACUUUAAGAAUAAAUAACGCAUCAUAAAAAAAAUAACAUUUCCCCAAGAAUUUCAAUUUUUCCAAGAGCUAACUGAAUAAAUAUGCUAUUACAGAGUGCAAACAGGAGGUACGACUCACUGGAAACAAAUACAGUCUAUACUUAAAAGGUGAUAACAAUUGGCUUCGAGCACCAACUUUUCGUGUGAAAAUCCCCGUCAAUAUAGUGAAUUAAUAAAGAGAGGUAGAGCUCCUUCGUUCUUAAGUGAAUUUAAUUGUGGCAGCCAAAAUUGGGAUCACGAUUGAAAUUUGAUUAAUUGUGAAGUCCUAAAUGGAGACUUAUAUUCGGAUUAAAAUUUGAUUAGAAUCCCAAACCGAAUAAAAAUGCUCCAUAUAAACACCUCAAUCGGCGUAAACAGGCCGAAUCCCAAUGGAAUUUCAUUCGAUUCACAGGGGGAGGAAUAUUCCUUUUGCCAAACCGAUCAGAAGUAAAUUUUUGUCAUGUAAACCGUGAAUCGUAAUGGUGCCGAGCUGUCUCAUGCCUUCGCAUGCUCUGUUAUGACAUAAAUGGGCCAUGACGUCAUUGUUUAUGCAUUAAAAAAAUAUGGUUUCCAACCAGAGCUGGUCUGCAACGGAAAUAUUUUUAACUACUUGCUUUUAUCAAGUUUCUGCUUUCAUAAAAGUAUAAAUGCAAUUGCAACUACUGUGCUAGGUAGAUGAAUGACCUCCAUCUUGAUAAAUUAUGUGAUGUUUACAUCGAUCUGCGCGUGUCACACGUCUGUAAAACGGCUGUUGCAAUUAAAUGUAGUGCACAUCUAUACACCAGAUCAGAAUAAAUCAUUUCACAGGUAAACAGUUGACCAGAGAUCUUCAUUCGGAAUGAUUUCAGUCAAAACGUCUACAUGUAAAUCCGGCAAAUGGUUUAUUCCCCCAUUCCCAUUUACUGAACCACUCGCUGACUCUUUUAGAUUCAUAUGCACAUGUAGAAUCAACAACUGGAGCAUUUUGAGACCUAUUGGUUUAGGGAUGUUUAUGAGUUUGAGUUGGGUAGAAAUCAAACAGUAAUAAAAAAAAAAAAAAAAAAAAAAAAGAUUUACCCAGUAUCAGCUCACUGUCUGUAUUGUUCAUCUAUCGAACCAUCCACAGUCUAUGACAAAUUACCGUCUUGGCAAAUUUAUGCACUUUCCACCUUGACCUGCUCAAGCACAGCUUUCAUUUACGAUGCACCACAGCAGAUUUUUAAUGUGAUUGUUUUUCUAGUCACAAAUUCUACAGUAAAAGAGGUGAUAUAUGGGUUAUGUGUGACAUGACAACAGUCCAUGGGUGCUUAACUCAGUAUGCAGUAAAGUUCUUAUUGAAAAAAAAUAUAGGAGCUUGAGUCUCAGUCCCAUCCUUGUUUAUAUUAGUCUAUUUUUUGUCUUGAAUCUGUAAAUAUACACUUAGAUUUGAUGUUUCAGAUGGCAUCUCUAUUUUCUUUUUAAGAAUGUGUUUGUUACCGAAAAGGCAACCGAGACUGUAUUAUCUGAAAAGUUUCCAAGCAGGUGGGGAUGGUUGCAUCUAUAUCUAGUUUGACUUUAUCAAAAUUCAAAGCAGCAAAGCCUCCAGACAGGAGGGGGAAUA